GAAGAAGAGAUCACAAUGAAAUUCAAAGUCUUACCAGUAUCUGAAGAAAUCACUGAUGUGAUAUGGGUAUGUUUAAGAAAAAAAUCUUAUUGCGCAGAUAAUUGAUGCGAUGUUUUGGAUUUUUCCUAAUAUCUCUGUGACUGAUACCUUAUUAAAAUCUGUAACUAUGAGAAAUAUUGGCAACUUCUGUGAAACAGCGAACAGUCAUUGCAACUGACAAUUCGUAAUAUUUCUACUUCAGAAUAUUCUGGAACGUGUAUUUCCAAUCUUGUUUAUAGCUAUCUCACUGAGGAUCAGAUUCUGCUGUCCUCACUCAUGUGAAGUAAUUUCUUACCCUGCGAGUAAGCUCAUUGAUUCAGCAUGGACAAUGAUGGCAAAACCAGGCCAUAGUGACUAAAAGCAACAGUUGCUUCUUUCAGUCUUUGACAGCUGCGAGAGCAACUCUUUUUUCCACACCAUCCACCCUAAAUUCCGACCUGUAAGAGUAGGUACCUAUAUUUAGCUAGCAAGAUUAAAUUGCAAAGGCUUCAGGCUGGGCGAAGCACAUUGAUCUGCCUUUUUUACAGACAGACCUUUGUGCAGACAACAGCUAAAGCUUUCCACUUCCUCGCACUUUCCAAGAUAUUAGCAAAAUGGAUUCGCAGAGGGAACUCACUGAAGAACUCAGACUUUACCAAUCCACCCUUCUUCAGGAUGGCCUCAAGGAACUCCUGGAAGAGAAAAAGUUUAUAGAUUGCUCCCUGAAAGCUGGUGACAGAAGCCUGCCUUGCCACAGAUUGAUUCUGUCAGCCUGUAGCCCUUAUUUUCGUGAGUAUUUCUUAACUGAGCAAAAUGAAGAGAAAAAGAAGGAAGUAGUUCUAGAUAACGUUGACCCGGAUGUCCUGGAUAUGAUAGUCAAAUACCUUUAUUCUGCAAGUAUAGAUCUUAACGAUUCUAACGUGCAAGAUAUUUUUGCUUUGGCCAGUCGCUUUCAGAUCCCUUCUGUAUUCACUGUAUGUGUCUCCUAUCUUCAGAAGAGGCUAGCUGUUGGAAACUGUCUGGCCAUCCUUCGAUUAGGUCUCCUGCUUGAUUGUCCAAGACUUGCAUUUUCUGCCCGUGAUUUUGUCUCAGAUCAUUUUGUGCAGAUUUGCAAAGAAGAGGACUUCAUGCAGCUUGCCCCCCAUGAACUUAUCUCAGUUAUUACACCUGACAGCUUAAAUGUAGAGAAGGAAGAACUGGUAUUUGAAGCAGUAAUGAGAUGGGUCCGGACAGACAAAGAGAAUAGAGUAAAGAGCCUGGGAGAAGUUUUUGACUGCAUUCGUUUUCGUCUUAUGCCAGAAAAAUAUUUCAAAGAUCAUGUUGAGAAGGAUGAUAUAAUUAAAAGCAACUCAGAUCUUCAGAAAAAAAUAAAGAUCAUUAAGGAUGCUUUUGCUGGAAAACUGCCUGACUCUAGCAAAAGCACAGAAAAGUCAAACAAAGGAGAAGUAAAUGGUGAUGUAGGAGAUGAAGAUUUACUCCCUGGGUACCUAAAUGACCUUCCCAGGCAUGGCAUGUUUGUCAAAGACCUAAUUCUUCUUGUUAAUGACACUGCUGCAGUAGCUUAUGAUCCUCUUGAAAAUGAAUGCUACCUAGCAGCCCUGGCAGAACAGAUUCCCAGAAAUCAUUCCAGCAUAGUCACCAAACAAAAUCAAGUCUACAUUGUUGGAGGACUGUAUGUGGAAGAGGAGAACAAGGAUCAGCCUUUCCAGUCGUACUUCUUCCAGCUGGAUAACAUUGCUGGUGAGUGGGUUGCCCUUCCUCCACUGCCGUCAGCCAGGUGUCUCUUUGGGCUAGGAGAAUCAGACAACAAAAUCUAUGUGAUCGCAGGCAAGGACCUUCGCACUGAGGAGUCUCUAGAUUCAGUACUGUGCUAUGAUCCUGUGGCAAUAAAAUGGGGUGAGAUCAAAAAGCUACCCAUCAAAAUAUAUGGCCAUGCUACUAUCUCAAAUAAUGGAUUGAUAUAUUGUCUUGGAGGAAAAACUGACGACAAGAAAUGUACUAAUAGAGUAUUUGUGUACAAUUCCAAGAAAGGAGACUGGAGAGAUCUGGCUCCAAUGAAAGUGGCUCGCUCAAUGUUUGGAACAGCUAUCCAUAAGGGCAAGAUUGUGAUUGCAGGUGGCGUCACUGAAGAGGGCCUUACUGCAUCUGUUGAAGCUUUUGAUCUGACCACUAAUAAGUGGGAGAUUAUGCCUGAAUUUCCCCAAGAGAGAAGUUCCAUCAGUUUAGUCACCUUAGGUGGAUCUUUAUAUGCUAUUGGAGGCUUUGCAAUGAUUCAGCUUGAAUCUAAAGAAUUUGCACCCAGUGAAGUCACCGACAUAUGGAAGUAUGAUGAUGAGAAGAAGGAAUGGAGCGGCAUACUGAAAGAGAUCCGAUAUGCUACUGGAGCCUCCUGCCUAGCUACACGAUUAAACCUAUUCAAGCUCUCAAAAUUGUAAAUAAAAUGCUGGAAAAUAUGAUAUGGUGAGGGAGUUUUGAUAGACACUUCUGGUUUCGUUGCAUGAAAAUGUUCCCAAAUUGUACAGAGUUUUGUAGCAGUAUGCUAGUUAAGUUGUCACUCUAUCCAAGUCUUAAGAUAUUUACUAACUAAUCAACAACAAUUGAAUUUUUGCUGAAGUUUAAAAACCUGAAGAAUUCUGAUCAACAUUGUUAAGAAUAAACAAAGAUUUCAGAGAGAACUUGUUUUUCACUCUGGGGAAUUACCAAUGAAAUUGGAGUUCCUUACACCCAGGCGAUCCAGGAUAGUGGUGGCUUAGUCCCCAAACAAUUUAAGAUGCUCAAGACUUAAUCAAUCGUGAACUACCUACUAAUUGUAUUUACCUUAACUUUGUUCUAACUGGCUGUUUGUACAGCCUGAUUCCCCCCUUCAGCAAUGUAUGUAAAUCCUGCAUUCUUCAGCCAUAUCUUGAAAAUGUUUUCAUUAGAGCCUUAUAAAAAUAAUGAAUUUGACAUUGAAUUGCAUAUUGAAAACAGAGGUAUAUUUGAACCUCAUGGCUGAACUCAUGGCUCAGCCUUGAGUGAAGAGAGAGAAAUAUACAAGGCUAGUAGCUCUGGAGAUUCACCUGCUGUGUUUCGGCUUCUGGUAACAAGGGUUUUCCUUUUUUUAUGCUUUUGCAUUUAUUUCUAAAGCAAAUUACUUAACAGAAAUUUUUCUCGGAGCCCUGAGGCCAUUAACAAAGCAUUCAUGAAAAGCCUUAGCAUAACGGAUCAUCAGCAAAUACCCGUGGCAAAGAGGACUU